AUGACGACGAUAGUGAUGCUGCAGGAGUCACCGACGACGAAGAUUCCAAUGCUGAGGAUUUCUACAGAAACGACUACCCAGACGACGAUGAGGUAUCUUCUAUCGACAGUGAAGAAUCAGGCGUUCCUCGGUUCGGUAACGAGUUCUUUGACGACAGAUUCGCUACCAGAAACGCCAACGACGACGACUACUUUGCUGGAGAUUACGGCCCAAGUGACGAUGAGGACCAAAGAAAGCCCUGGGAUAAACAAAAGUCGAUUCCCGAGGAAGAUGAAUGGAGUGAGGAUGAAGAUGGAGUCGAGAGAGACCGUCUCUUCUCCGAGCUCGAGCACUACGUCGAGAACAGGUGAUACCUCUGUGGCUGUAGGAAUACAUGUGUACAUUAUUGAAGGUAGUGUAAAGCAGAGGCCUCUAUAUACGACAUAUCUCUUCUGGUUUUGUUUUGUUGUUUCUGUUUUUGUUUUAAACAUGACAGGCCUUUCUGACUAG